CAAUCUUUUUUAAAACUUUUUAAUCGGCAGCUGGUCAUUCUACAUUUAUCAUAUUCGCAUCGCGCCCAUUGUCUAUCCUAUCGCUGUACUUUCCGCGUGGAUUAUCAAUAUGUCUGACGAGACAACCGCGCAAACUGCUACCGCGCAGGGCCCCGAUGCUGCUUCUACUGCACCUAGGGACACUACGUCCGACUCUGUCGCGCCUGUUACCGACGCGAAGCCAAUUGAUAAAGAAACUGCGCCUACUGCCGAUGACGCCCAGGCCAAGGAGGACCUCUCAACCGAAAAGCCAAGCGAAGCCAAGGCCGUAUCCGUAGACACUGAAACAGCUCCAGCUUCUGCCCCGGCCGACGAGAAAUCCGCUGACACUGACGUCGAGAUGCCUGACCAGACGGCCGACAAGACCGAGCAGCCUACUGUUGACGCGAAGGCUGAUUCGGACAAGGCUGCUGAAGAUUCCUCUCGCGUGGAGCAGGAUGUGGCUGCUGGUACUGCUGAGGGUGCUGCGGUCGACACAGAGUCAACGCCCGGGGACAAAUCUAAGGCGCGUCGCAAAUCUGCUGGCGACGCCAAGGGCAAGAAGUUAAAUAAAAAGGCAUCUCGAGCCAAAAUUUUACACGUCGAUGCGAAGCCAGGUGAACAGUAUUUCGCCAAAUUGAAGGGCUUCCCUCCGUGGCCUAUUAUCAUAGCCGAGGAGGAUAUGCUACCACAGAGCAUGCUGAGCACGAGACCCGUCACGGCCGCCCGUCCCGAUGGAACCUACCGCGAAGAUUUUGCCGAUGGUGGUAAGAGGGUUGCAGAUCGGACGUUCCCAGUCAUGUAUCUGCACACCAAUGAAUUUUCCUGGACAAACAAUUCCGACCUGAGCGAACUGGACCCGACUACAGUCUCGAGCAUGAUCACGACCAAGAUGCGCAAAGAUCUACAAAACGCCCACCUAUUGGCUGCGGAGCAGAACUCCCUAGAAUACUACAAGAACGUGCUCCGUGAAUUUGAGGAGCAGCGAUUAGCGAAGUUGGAAGCCAAGAAGGCCAAGUCUGUUAAAACACCAAAGAAGGGUGCCAAAGCCGCCGAAGCUGUAGCAGUAGAUGAAGAUGGGGACGUCGAAAUGCCUGAUGCGGAAGAAGGUGAUGAUGCGGAGCCUGUUGAGAAGAAACCCAAAUCCAAGAAGCGCAAGGCCGAAGAUGAGACCAAUACUCCUCAACGCUCCGAAUCCGUCAAGAAGCCGAAGAUUAAGUUGACUAACUCGUCAACUCCGAAGGCCGCUAACGGCGUCCAAUCGCCAUCUACGAAAGACUCUUCCAAAGCCGUGAAGGUCAAAGCGAAGUCAGCCAAAGGCAGUAAAGAGAAGUCUGAUAGCAAGAAAGAGAAGGAAGCUUCUGCACCUAAGGAGCCGGAGCUUAGCCCCGAAGAAAGACAUGUACGCAAGGAGAAGGAGAUCUUGUUUUUGCGGCAUCGAUUGCAAAAGGGCCUACUCAUUCGGGACCAGGAGCCGAAGGAAGAGGAAAUGAGAUCGAUGUCAGAGUUUCUUGCUAAACUCGAAACCUUCCCCGAUCUCGAAGUCAGCAUCAUCCGGGCGACCAAGAUUAACAAGGUGCUCAAGGCUAUCCUAAAAUUGGAGACAAUUCCGAAGGAGGAAGAAUUUGAGUUCAAGCCGCGAUCACAGACGCUCCUGAACAAGUGGAACAAGCUCUUAGCUACUGACGAGGCAGCUCCAGCUUCAGCUAACGGCGUUAAUGGUGCUUCUAGCACUGCUGCGAAGGGUGGAAAAGGGGCCGCUAAUGGUGUGAAGGAGUCCUCUGACCAGAAAGCAAGCUCCGAAAAAGAAGAUGUCAAGGUUGACGCCUCGGAAAAGGACGCGAAAGAUGAGGCAGAUAGCAAGGCCGAAUCGGUGGGUGAAGAGAAGGCAGAUUCGGAAAAGAAUGUCGAUGCAUCUAUCAACGAAGCAGCAGCAGAAGUCGAGGCGGCGGCAUGAAGAGACAACAGAUACUAAACUCGAUGCGAAAACGAUAACUUCCUUUUCAGUGCCUCAAUUGAGUGAGGCAAACCAGGGGCGUUUAAGGGUAUAAGAAAGGCAACAUUGCUAGGUAUGGCUACCGUUGUUCGGGCGGUAGGCCGUGCAGCCAAAUGAUGCAUGCGACAUUACAGUAGUUGAGCU